CCGGCUUGUAGCGCGGCGCCAGCAGCUCAGGCCCAGACUCUCAUAAACAUCGUUUAAAAAGCUUCAUCUGGACAAAAUGUCCACGUGGAGGGCGAGUGGAGAGCGGAGGACGACGUCGGCGGUGCGGCAGGCGAUCCUUUUAGGAUGUUGAGCUUCCUCCCCAAUUCCACCGUGACGGGAGUGCCGUGCUGCUGAACACUAGAGGACCGAGACAUAAAAACGCGAGAUCCAAACGCCCUCAUAACUGCAGCCCUCUUGGGGUUGCUAUGGCAGGUGCUGUCGCCGAAACCAAACGCUGGACACAGGCCUGUCCCACCAAGGCAGGACAGACCACACGUCGUUGCCGCAAGGGACCGUCAAGCAGUGGACAAGCUGCACUUAGUGUCAUUGCGAGCACACCGAGAAAACUAAAAGAGCCCUAAGGCGCAGAGCUGAAGCUGAUGUAGAAUCCUCAUGAGUGUUGCUUGUGUCGCCUCCUACUCAGCUCCUUUCUCUCGCACCAGCACCACCCCCGUGGGACCAUGUUCCACCAGCAGGACCAGCUGAAGGGUCCGCUGCAGGACACCAUCGUCUUCCACUGCCAGGAGUGCGGGAAGCAAUACAACACCCAGCUGGGUUACAGGCGGCACCUGGUGGAAGCUCACACCAACGCCGGCACCGCCCCGACCUGCUCGGACGGCACGCCGUCCCUGCUGGAGCACCUGGGCGGCGGCCACACUGACAGACCGCCCCCGGCAGAGGGCAACAACAACACCGUCGUGUCUGUGAGAGAGAGGAAAUAUUCCUGCGAGCGAUGCGACCGGCGCUUUUACACCCGCAAGGACGUACGUCGCCACGCUGUGGUGCACACGGGACGCCGCGACUUCCUGUGUCCCCGCUGUGCGCAGCGCUUUGGCCGCAGAGACCACUUGACCCGUCACUUGAAGAAGAGCCACGCGCAUGACACGGGAUUGAUACCACUGGUUACGCCCAGCACUCCUGUGGCGACGUCCACCGCAACCACGCCGUGUCCCGCAAAGGAGGCCAGCCCUCUAUCCUCCGACAGGGGCUCCUCCUCCUCCUCCAAGGAACCGGUGGAGACCUUCGCCCGGGAUAUGUUCAACUCCUACCCCAUUGCUAACCCUGUCCCCGGGAUGAGUCACCCGCACGGCCUCAUGCAGGUCUCGCUGUCCUCCAGCAUGGGUCGCCACAUGCCUCCUCCAUCGACUCACAACCACCACCACCACCUGCAGCCCCUGGCGGCGCCGCAGCAGCAGUCGUACGGCAACAUGUCUCGGUACCAACAAGGAUCUACCUCGUAUCCCCGCACGGACGUGGACAGUUUCCUGCUGGAUCUGCAGAGCGCCCCUCCUCCCCAUCUCAACUCUUCUACCUCUACGUCCACCUCCCCUCAGAGGGAGAUGCUCGGCGAAGGGAUGGGCGUUGGCGGUGACCCUCACCUGCUCCCUAGGAAUCCCGCCAUCUCCCCGGCUGAGCUCUCCUGCACCACUAACAUGGAACUGGGCCCACUGUUGGGCUUUCUGCCUUUCAGCCUGCCGCCUUACAGCUCUCAUGUGGGGAUGGGAGGGUUAAUGAUGGGUUACCCUCCUGCCACCACCGCCGCCUCCUCCCCAACUUCCUCCACUGGGUUGUCCUCCCAGUCUUCAGGGCCUUUUACCUUCUUCCAGCCUCCUCAGGCUCACGUGCCCCAGGGCCCUGUGGCCCACAACCACAGCCAGCUACCUCAGGCAUACAGCACUUCUGCUGUUAGCACUUCUAGCUCCUUACCUCAUUACUACCAGGCCUUUCAGCAAUAAGCAGUUCUGUUGACCGCGAUUAGCCUUCUUCACACCUUUUUCUUUUUUUUUUGAAUGGCAUCUUUAUGACGUAUACAUCAAGUAUGUAACUUGGAACACAACAAAUCACCUCAUCAGUAUUACCUCGUUAUUUAAAAAAAAACAAAUAGCUUGAAUGCACAACUUUGUCUCACUAUAACCAACAGAGUCAUUUUUUAAAAACGUAUAAUUAACGGUUCAUGCACUUGACACAGUUAUCACAUGUGAUGGUUUGAUAACCGGAAGAAUACUUGUACCAUUAGUUACUGGGUAAAAGAACUCCAGACCAAGCACUGAGUUCCAAGGAGCCACGCUAACAUGGUGACACACUUAUCUCUAUUUACAAAUGCACUUAAGUACAUUUUUUUAGCAUGACAUACCUUUUUUAGCGGCUUUAUGGCGAGCCAGUCUUGUAAACCAGUGGUCCCUAACCUUUUAUGCAACACGGACCGGUUUAAUGUCGGCAUUAUUUUCAUGGACCGGCUUUACAGAUAAAUACAGCAAGAAUAACGGGCAUGAAAAAUACAACUUACCGUAUUUUCCGCACCAUAAGGCGCCCUGGGUUAUAAGCCGCGCCUUCAAUGAACGGCAUAUUUCAAAACUUUGUCCACCUAUAAGCCGCCCCGUGUUGUAAGCCGCAUCUAACUGCGCUAAAGGAAUGUCAAAAAAACAGUCAGAUAGGUCAGUCAAACUUUAAUAAUAUAUUAAAAACCAGCGUUCUAACAACUCUGUUCACUCCCAAAAUGUACGCAAAUGUGCAAUCACAAACAUACGUAUAUCAACAUGGACAGAGCUGCGUGAAAAAAGCCACCCGGCCUCUUCGCGUAAACUUAAACUUACCUUAACCACUCGCUCAUCUUUUCUUCAUCCAUCCCUUCGAGUUAGCUUUUAUGAUGACGCCGGCUGGAAAUGUCUCUUUUGGCAAGGUCUUCCUUUUGAAUAUCACCAUGGGUGGAAGUUUCUGGCCAUUAGCAUGGCAAGCUAGAACCACAGUGAAGGAUGACUUCUCAUUCCCUGUGGUGCGAAUAUUCACCGUACGUGCUCCCGUUGUAU